AUGGCAAACGAUAGUUUGAAAUUCUCCAUGCGCUCCAUUAUUGAGAGAAACAAGUUAAAUGGGACUAAUUUCCUAGAUUGGGAAAGGAAUCUGAGGAUAAUUCUGAGGUCCGAGGGACGUGAGGACGUUCUUACUACCCCUAUUCCAAAAGUGACUGAUACCUCGUCUGACGAGGAGAAGGCAACAGCAACCCAAUUGAAAACUGAGGCUUUACCUGUCACUUGCUUAAUGCUUGCUGCAAUGGAACCUGAUUUGCAGAAGAGGUUUUUGAGUUCCGAUGCUUAUACCAUCACAACUGAGCUGAAAACUCUGUUUCAGGAUCAGGCAAGGAUUGAACGAUAUGAAACUCACAAGGCUAUACUUGAUAGCAGACUUGUGAAAGGGAAACCCGUAAGUCCUCAUGUGAUUAGUCUAACUGGGCUGUUCAAGAGGAUGGAAGAUUUGGGGACCCCUUAUGACCAAGAGUUGGCCACGGAUAUCGUUCUUAGAUCCUUACACGAUGGUUUUGCACCUUUUAGAAUGCAAUACCAUAUGAAUGGACUAAAGCAUGAUCUAAAUGAACUCCACAACCUGCUUAAAAAUGCAGAAGGCAAUAUCACUGAUGACAAGAGGAAGGAAGUUCUGAAUGUCAAUAGUGGGAAGGGUUUUAAGAAAAUGGCUAAGAAUAAAAACAAUUACCAAAGAAAAGGUAAACAAGUUGCAAAACCCAAGGGUGAUGAGAAGCCAAGAGUAGCUUCUGAACAUGAUUGUUUUAUUGUAAGGCCAAGGGUCACUGGAAGAGAAACUGUCCCAAAUAUCUUGAAGAUAAGAAGAACGGAACUGUGA